AUGAGGUGCUUUCCAUUCUCCAAUAGUACUAAAGAUGAUGAACCAAAGACACCAAAGUAUACUCCUGUUCCUUCAUCUACAUCUAUAUCAACCUCGACGGAUCCUGAUAUGAAGAAAUCUGGAUUCGAAUACAACUCUCAGAACAUUUCCGAUACAAGCACUGAAUCCUCGGUUAGGUUCUCGUUCAAAAGUUUGUCCCAAAGACCUAGCAACCUUAGGGUCUUCACAUUUGCAGAGCUGAAGACAGCUACGAAGAAUUUCAGCCGUUCCCUUAUGAUUGGAGAAGGCGGAUUUGGACCCGUGUAUAGAGGUGUGUUGAGGGAGACAGAAAGGAUCGAUAUUGCUGUUAAACAACUCAGCAAAAGGGGUUUACAGGCAAGCCUUCUUUCUUGUUCGUUGCACUGUCAUGGACACAAGGAAUGGGUUACAGAAGUGAAUGUUCUUGGCAUUGUCGACCACCCAAAUCUCGUCAAACUCAUAGGCUACUGUGCUGAGGACGAUGAGAGGGGGAUACAACGCCUCCUGAUCUACGAAUAUAUGCCUAAACGGAGCGUUCAAGAUCAUUUAUCAAGUCGAUUUCAGGCAUCUCUGCCAUGGAUUACUAGAUUGAAAGUAGCCCAAGAUGCUGCAAGCGGUUUGACAUAUCUUCAUGAAGGCAUGGAGUUUCAGAUUAUAUUUAGGGAUUUCAAAUCAUCUAAUAUUCUGUUAGAUGAUCAAUGGAGUGCAAAACUAUCAGACUUUGGAUUAGCAAGAUUGGGACCUUCAGAAGGAUUAAGCCACGUCUCCACAGCGGUUGUUGGAACAGUAGGAUAUGCUGCUCCAGAGUAUAUUCAAACAGGGCACCUUACGUCGAAGAGUGAUGUGUGGAGUUAUGGGGUUUUUCUGUAUGAACUCAUCACUGGUCGACGCCCUCUAGAUAGAAACCGACCUAAAAGCGAGCAAAAGCUCUUGGACUGGGUCAGGCCACACCUUGUUGACAGUAAAAAAUUCGAACAAAUACUUGAUCCUCGACUAGACGGGAAAUAUUCCCUCAAGUCUGCAAAAAAGCUAGCAGCCAUUGCUAACAGGUGUUUAGUUCGACAUCCAAAAAACCGGCCAAGAAUGAGCGAAGUUCUCGAGAUGGUGAACCAGAUUGUUGAGGAGAGUGACAAUGGAAGUCUUGAAGCAGAUAUAGAGAACUCCUCUCAAAAAGACGAGAAAUCUACUGCUCGAAGUUUUUUAAAAAGGAGAUUUGUUGAUCAUGUAAUUGGAGAGAACAAGUGGCUGGGCUGGAGGUCGUGGAGACCUAAGCUUGUUAGGACUAAUUGA